AUCACUCAGCCCUUCAACUCAACGUCGUCAACAAUGCCCAGGGAACGCUCGAUGUCGGGGACCAUCCCCUCAAUGGAGACCCAGCACGACGACCUCAAAGACAACACUAUCAUUAUCGUGCUCGGUGCAUCCGGUGAUUUGGCGAAGAAAAAGACCUUCCCCGCCCUCUUUGGUCUCUAUCGCCAGGGCUUCCUUCCAAGGGACACCAAGAUCGUUGGAUAUGCCCGAACCAAGAUGGACAAGGCCGAGUUUGAAAAGCGCACCACCUCUUAUAUCAAAGGGGUAGAUGAAAACCCAGAAGUCGCAAACUCUCUAGAGGCAUUCAAACAGACCCUAUCCUACGUCGCUGGCGGAUACGAGGAUGGAGAGUCUUUUGACAACCUCAACGCACACCUCGAAUCCAUCGAAUCACAUUACCAAACAAAGGAGUGUAAUCGCAUCUUUUACCUCGCUCUACCUCCUAGCGUCUUUAUCCCUGUCACCAAAAACAUCAAGGAACACUGCUAUGUCACUAAGGGCGGCGUCAACCGAAUUAUCAUAGAGAAGCCCUUCGGAAAGGAUCUCCAGUCUGCUCGUGAUCUCCUUGGUUCAGUGAAACAGUACUGGUCCGAGGAGGAGACCUUCCGUAUCGACCACUACCUUGGCAAGGAGAUGGUCAAGAACUUACUCGUCCUCCGUUUCGCCAACGUCGCAAUGGGUGCAUUUUGGGACAAGAACUCCAUUUCUAACGUCCAAAUCACCUUCAAGGAACCGUUUGGAACUGAAGGCCGUGGGGGUUAUUUCGACGAGUUCGGUAUCAUUCGUGACAUCUUGCAGAAUCAUUUGUUGCAGGUACUAACUAUCCUGGCCAUGGAGCGACCCGUGUCCUUCGCUGCUGAGGACAUUCGUGACGAGAAGGUGAAGGUGUUGCGUGCCAUUCCUCCGAUCGAGAAGGAGGACACUCUCCUUGGCCAAUACGUUUCUGCCAACGGAAAACCCGGGUACCUCGACGAUGAUACUGUUCCACCCGGCUCGAUCUGCCCCACCUUUGCUGCCACAACCCUCUUCAUUCACAAUCCCCGUUGGGAAGGCGUGCCUUUCAUUCUCAAGGCCGGUAAAGCUUUGAAUGAGGCCAAGGUUGAGGUUCGCAUCCAGUUCAAGGAUGUUACCCAGGGUAUUUUCAAGGACAUUGCGCGCAAUGAACUUGUCAUCAGAAUUCAACCCUCGGAGGCUGUCUAUCUCAAGAUAAACGCAAAGACGCCCGGUCUUCGCACUCGAGCCAUCCCUACCGAAAUGGACGUCACCUACAAGCGCCGUUUCACCGAGGCUAAGAUUCCAGAAGCAUACGAAAGCCUUAUCCUCGACGCUCUUCGGGGCGACCAUUCCAACUUUGUUCGCCACGACGAACUCGAUUAUGCUUGGAAGAUCUUCACGCCUAUCCUUCACUGGAUUGAUGGGAAGAACGGACCACGCCCAAGACCAAGCGCUUAUCCCUAUGGUUCACGAGGGCCCAAGGAGCUCACUGCUUUCAUUGAGAAAUACGGCUACAAGCGACUUGCAGACGCCUACUUCUGGCCGGUCACGAACAUGGCGGUUCUGUAAAUUCGCCCAUUGCGCGAUACCUGUUAGGCGUUUCGGCUUUUUGCGCCCUGUACGGAAGUUAACUGGUUUCCACGACGAAAUAAGCGUUGUUGUACACUAUCCCGAAUGAAUCAUGAUAUGCUGUUGUAUG